AUGGAAGUCGAUCAUAAUAGUACGUAUGACCAAUCAACUUUAGUAAGUAAAAUAUGUGCCUACCUAGAUCCGCAUAUGAUUCAGAUAAUUCUGAGUUGGUUGAAAGAAAAUAAGGUAAUGAAUGAUGGAGAUAUCGAUCAGAGCCUUGGGGUACUGAAAGAAGGUUACGAAAAGGAAAUUAUUAGCAUCGAAAAUGAAUUCACGAACGGAAAUAGAGGAGUGAUAACGAAUUAUCUGGAUAGCUUAGAAAUUGAAAUAGAAGAAUUUCAGGAUGCUAUGAAUGCAUAUAAAAAUGAUCAAGUAAAUAAAAUAGGAGGAGCCGUGGAAAAGAAGAGUAUAAUGGCACUACGAGAAUGGUGUAAUUUAAAUGUAUUAGAAAAAAAUAAAACAUACAAUUUUACAGAUAAUAUAGAUGACAAAAUUUUAAAGUUAAGUAGAUAUUAUUAUCAAAAAAAGGACUAUCAAAAGAGUAAACAGCAUUUGCUACUAUACAUUUUGAACAUAUCCGAAAUUGUAAUUAAUGUUUCUGAUUCUCCUAAAAUGAGAUUAUGUUAUUGGGGUAUUAUUAGCAACAUUAUUAACACCUUUUUUAUGAACCUAAAUAAUGAUGAUUAUAUGUUGAUAAAAACAGAAGAAGGGAAAUUAAUUGUGAGAGAGGAAAUAGGAAAUGAAAUAAAUGUAUGCAUAGAAACAAUUGUUAAAUUAAGUCAAAUAUUGAAUAAAGAUAAGGUUCCUAAAAGUGAAAUUAUAUUACAAAGAAGUUGGUUAAUUCACUGGGCACUUAUUUUAAUAUUUCAUUUUUUUAUGUAUUUAAUAUAUGUAAAAAGUAUAUAUCCAAAAAAUAACUCCUUUUCUAUGUUACAAGAUUGGUUUAUUGAUGAAAAAAAUUUAGCAAUUCUUAAUUUAAUAUGUCCACAUAUUAUUAGAUACUAUUGUGUAUAUGCAAUAUUUUACAGAAAUAGAAAAGAUCAUUUUGAACUUAUUCUCAACACUUUAAAUUUGUUGAAACCGAAAUAUACUGACCCAUUUACUUCCCUAUUAAUAUCUAUAUUUACUGAAUAUGAUUUCAAUAUGGCUCAAACAUGUAUUGCACAGUUAGGAUCCAUAUGUGAAAAGGACAUUUUCUUAUUUAAGUUAAAACCAUACAUAGAAGAACAGAGUAGAUAUAUAAUCUUCGAAACCUAUUGUCGUAUUCAUAAAUCAAUUAAUAUAGAUAUGAUUGCAAAUAAAGUAAACUUACCUAGGGACGAUGCAGAAAAAUGGGUUGUUAAUCUUAUCAGAAAUGCAAAGUUAGAUGCUAAAAUUGAUAGUGAAAAAAAUUGCAUCGAAAUAUCAACCACCUUGCCAAAUUUAUAUCAACAAGUUAUCGAUAAAACACAAAACUUAACCAUGAGAUCCAACUUUCUUGUUCAAGUUUUAAAUCGAUCUUCAACAGAUGAGCAUUUUCAGAAAAAUAUCCGAUUUAAAAAUAAACACGAAAAGGGUAAGCCACCAAAGAAAGGUAAACAAUACAACUCAAUGUAUAAUAACAACAAAGGUGGUAACGUAAAGAUUAUUUCUCCUAAUAUGUAA